AUGCGUGUGCACACGGUGCUCCUCGUCGCCUGUAGCGCGAGCUCGUCUCGUGGCUUGCUCUGCGACUGCGCCGCAGAGCGGGCAUGCCAGAAUCGUGACGCCCGGUUAGCGACCAUCUCUCGUGAGAUACGGCAGCACGCGUCAGUCGACGAGUGGCCGCUCUCGAGGAGGCUCUUGUCGGGCGAGAACGAAGCAGCAGCUUUGGUCCAAGGGCACACGUACGACGGCGGCGAUUGCUACUCCUUUUGCUGCCUCAAACCCUCCCGCCGUGCACCGUCCUCGCCUGCGUCGGUGAUCAAGGCGCUCUGCCGCACUUUUGUGUUCAUUGCCGGCGUUGCGCUCUUCCUCGGCUACUGUGCCAUCCUCGCCACGGGCCAGCCAGACUCUCCCGCCCUCUCGGCAAAGGCUGCGGCGGAGGAGACCAUGCGCAGGAGAGCGGUGGCGGAGGAGCUGCUGCAUGCGGCCGCAGCGAGGGAGGGCGUAAAGCCGCCACAGCCGUUCAUAGUGAAGGUGGACUCAGACUCCGCGCCUCCGCCUCCGCGUGCGUUCCUGUGGUCCCUCGUCUGGGACGCGCACGCUGUGGAGUGCCGACCGGGGGCGGGGCUCAUUCUCCGCCGCUGGAGCACGAGCACCGACCGCCUCACCCAACCUGCCGGCUUCUUCGCGUCGUCCGCGACAUUGAGCCGCACCGCUGACGCCGGCCGCGCCGGCACGCCGAUCAGCCUCGCCAACGCCGUGACCAACGGAAUGCUUCCCGGCAGCAAGUUUUGUCUCAACGUGAACCAGAAGAAGGGAACGCUCUCUACUGAGCCGCUCGCUGUGGAGUACGUAUGGGGAGAGGACGUGGACCAGCCGAACACCUUCCACUUCUACGAGAAGUACGAGGGCCGACGGGGCUUCGAGGCACAUCAGGCGACGCCGCACUUUGCAGCAUGGGAGGUGUUCGCGGCGAGCGACCCGUUCACGAGUCCACCGGUCGUCGAGUUCUACGAGGAGAUGUGA